GUCUACGUAUGCUCAAAUCAUAGGUCAGAAUCAGUGGUAUUUAAUUUUACUUGACAUAAUAAACAACUGCUAUUCGAACGAAAAUGAAAAGCUAGCACGCGGCUUUCGCGCAACAGAGUGUUAUAAUUUCCAUUAAUUUUUUUAGACACUUUACGUCUCGACUUGCGGUUAGUCAGAAGUAUAAACUGAUCGUGAACAAUCUGGCGUCGAUUAAAUCACUUGGCAUAAUUUUUUUCACAACGUGCUGGCCAUUAGUGUAUCGGCGAUGUUGCACGUACGCCCAAGUUCCGCUAUUUACAGCGAAUCGAUCGGGUCAUCGAUUUCUAUGAAUUAAUCGGAGGUCAACUUUCGUGCAAAAGAGGCGUUUCAUGUAACAUGGUCUAAGCGCUCUACGAAGGAUCGUUGGCAACAAUUUUUGUGUUCUAACAGCACAGUGACAUUUAAAUCCCCGUCGCGUAUCAAUUUAAAAUGGUUUUAAAUCGGAAUGAUAAAAGAAAGAAGAAGGAAGGAGAUUUGGUAGAUCUGAUGGAACCACUCUCGGAAUCUCCAAAGAGGACCAAAGUUCACGCACAAAGAAAAUUUGCACAAGGUGCAACUACAGUGUUCAACACAUCACCUACGCCUGUCAAAGACAAAGAAAAAACUAAGCCUGCCAUGAUCACGGAAUUAAUAACUCACAAACGUCCGAAUACGGAAGACUUUUUAACAUUUUUAUGCUUCAGAGGAACUUCCAUUUUGCCACCAAGUUUAAAUUUUUUCAAUGUCGGCAGCAAGAAAGAAAAACCAGAACCCAAACUAUCUCGUAUUUCUACAGAGAAAAUAUCAUCUUCUACUAGUACUUCCACAGAAACUCAGAAACAAGACACAUGCCAGAAGAAUGUAACAAAAGUAAAGCCUGUUGUCUCUGAUAAAAAGAAGAUGCCUACUACGAUACACAAGAACAUUACCAAACUUAAAACGGCAACGUCUACGGUUCAAGCACUUAAAAAGAAGUAUCAAGAGCAACGCCUCGCUAAGCAAAGGAUCAAAAAUAAAUUCAAAGCCACUUGCGUUAUGAGAACGAGAUCGUGCACUGAGAGAGCUAUAUUGAAAGCUGGUAUUCAGUUGGCGCCGAGAAAAUUCUUACCCAGAAUCGAAACGAAGAGACACGGCCUGAGAAGCAGUGUACUAUUGGAUAAAGCUAACAAGCCUUUGGCAAAGACGAGAGUCGCGCCACCCAAACCAAAGAAAAAAAUCAACUUGAAACCGAAAGCUGUCGACACUUCGAACACGGAUAUGUCGUCCGGAGAAGAAAACGGCCGGAAAGAGGAUGAGGAGGAAGAAUUACCUGUAGAAAAGUCGACAUCACAGAUAAAGCGCAACCUACAAAGAGGUAUUCAGAAGAAGAUCUGCACCAGAAGUAAGUCUGAGAUGCGGCGAGUCACCAGAUCGUGCAGUAGUACAGUCUCCUCGCAGAAUCCUUCCAGGAGGCCGACCAGAAAGACUAAGGAAGCGGCCGCCGUCUACAUGGAACUUCUUGGAAGAAAAUUAGUGAGCCCGGAUUUAGAGAACGAUGACAACGAUUCGGUCGAAAGUUUCCCCGAGCUACCAAGUGCACGUAGAAUGGCGCAAACGGAGAACGAAUUCAAAGCCAAAGUGAAACAGACGUCUGCGAAGACUGUUAAUAAAGCUAAGGAUUCCAAAGUUAAUGCCUUCCACGGGAAUAAACGAUUGGACAAGAGCAAAAACAACAAAUUGAUCUUGAAAAGCAAACGUCUGAUGAGAGUGCAGAGGUACUGCGAAGAGGACAGCGAGGAGGAGUCCGAAAGCUCGGUGGAAACGAACAAUACAAGGCCCAUCACCAGACAGAGUGGAAAGCUCGAGAAAGUGGAAAGCUCGACAGUCAGCAGGAGUCUUAGAUCCUCCUCGAAGAAUACAACUGCGCAGACCGAAGUGCAGAGUAACGUAAAUAACAAAUCGAAGACGAAGGUUCAAAAUCCCGUGAAAUCUACUAAAGAAAAAUUUGUGACGAAGCGCAAACAUGAUCAAAAUACGUCCAAGACAUCGUCGGACAAAACUAGCGGAUCGAAGCAAGUAGCUGUAACGAAUGAUCAGAAGGAGAACACUUCUUCCGAAGAGGAAACAUUGGGGAUGCUGCUGCGGAAAAUAAAAAGGCAGAAGGAGGGCGGUAAAGAGAUGGAAGAACCGCAGGUGUCUGGUAAUGUGAAAAGUGACGAGGCGGUUCGCAGCGACGUACAAAAGACGAAAGCAGACGUGUCGAAAGUGUCGGACGACGAGGAAUCUUUUCGUGGAUUUACUAAGAAGGCGAUAUCGAAAGUGCUGAAUUCAUGUCAGACGCACGCAAACGUCAAUCUGCUAGUCACAGAAGCCGACGAGAAGGUAAAUUCGCUGAAAGCGAACGAAAGCACGAGUUUGCAAGAAAGCAAGGAGCAGCCGUCACCCGUCGACGCUGGUUUUCCAGUCGCAAAUCUGUUGCACGACGAGUGCAGUUUGUCCAUACAGGACCAGAAAUCGGUGCUGGAUCUGUCUAUCAAGACGCACAGCUCGCUAUUGCCAUCCGUGGAGCAGACGGACACCAAGACGUGCAGUCACAAGACCGAGGUUUCUCCCAAUCUUAUACCACUGUCGACUCUGCACACGAGAAAGGAGCGAGUGAACAUGUCGACCGAACAGAUAGAAAAGUGGCUGAACGAGAGCUCGUUUGCCAAGGAGGAGAGCAAGUUGGAGAUGGAGAACGUCUCCAGCUUCAGAUACGAUCCUGCGGAGAAACUGAAGGCGGACAUCUCGCAUUUGUCUAUCUCCUCAAAAAUUCAACACUUGGUACGUCCCGUCAAUGUCACACUCUCAAAAUUAGCGGAUAAGAAUUUGAGGGACCGAAUGGGAAUGCACAGCAGAAAUGUGAUGGGCGCAGCAUCGAAUGUUGAAACGAAGCUGCAGAGUACAAUCGCUAACAAAAAUAAGGUCAAUGCUGAAGCGAAGGAAGUUGUUAAGAACAAAAAUGAGAAGACGAGCAAGGAUAUUCCCAUCGCUGAAGAUACCAGCGAUACUGUGUCGAAAUCGGAUCAGAAUUCUCUGGACGGUUCUAUAGAGAAGAAAUCGCCGACGGAGAAGAAGAUAUUUCAACCGCGGAAGCCCUUUCUGCCUAAGGUUAAGGAACGUAAGACUGUGACUCCGAAUGCGAACGCGUUCUCUCCGGAGAACGAGAGCAGCGUUUACGCGUUUGAGAGCGAAGCCGAGGCCCCCAUUAACACGCCCUUCAGAAGGAAAGCGAAGGAAAACGCGAAAACGCGAACAUCGAGUGCGGUGGCUUCCACUGCGGAAUUCGAGACGAAAGAAAACGCCAAGGGCGAUAAAUCCGAUUUGAAGGAUAGCUCCGAAAUGUCCGACAGCAAGGAAAAAUCGUCGAGCGAUAGUGACUCGCCCGCGAAGAGAGAGCAGGAGACGCCGGAAACGAUAAACGUGGCGAAUACGGCCGUGAGCAUGAACAACUUCGAGCUGCCCAAGAACUUCGCGAGCUUAACCAGCGUUCAAGUACUGCCGCUCGACAAGCUCACGACGAGCUGGAGCAACGUAAAUUGCAGCGCUUCCAUCGCGGUGCAGGUGAAUCUCGACGAGACGACGCAGGAGCAGGAGAGCAACGCGAGUCAACAGAAAAGCACCGAGAUAUCCACGCAGACCGAGACGAGCAACGAGAACGACGACGACAACGAGGGACAGUUGUUUUACAUUCCGCUGCAGGCUGUCACGCGGAGCGGCCCGAACUUGGUGCAAGGUCAACAGUUGAUACAGGGCGUGGCCGUGAAGCUCGGCACGGAGGGACCGACCGGUCCUAAUCAGAGAGUGCUUCUCCGAGCCAAACUGGUCACCAAGCCGCCGUUGUCUGUGGCGCGCUGUCCACCGAUCGGCACGGUGCAGCCGACAACGCGCACCCGACCCAAUCCCACGGCGAUUACAGUGGAGCAGCAAGUGCCGUCCACUUCAACAACUACGACUGUGUCGACUGCCGUUGCGAGUAUGCCGAGUGCGGAGACGCAGCCGGCGUCACCGGUGAAAAACGACGUCCCGGCGCCGAGUCUGAAUCGUCCGAAUGUUAGCUCGAAUGCGAGCAGUGCUUUGGAGAAACUCACGAAAUCUCCCAAGUCGUCCAGAGAGAAGAAGGCUUCCACGGAUUCGACAAAGGCCGGGAAAAGAGCGCAAAUGAAACACAAACAGAAAGGAUCGGAGCUGUACAAUAAUAUGACGUUCCCAAGCGCGAAGAACGCGAACGACGAAAUUCGCGUAGUCGAGGCACCGACGUUCCAUCCGACGGAAAAAGAUUUCCAAGAUCCGUUGGAAUAUAUCGAUAAGAUUAAAUCGAUCGCUGAGAAAUUUGGAAUAUGCAAAGUCGUGCCUCCGGCAAAUUUCAAGCCUGAAUGCAAAGUGUCUGAUGACAUGAGGUUCACCGCUUACAAUCAGUAUGUACAUCGCAUGCUCCAUCGGUGGGGUCCUAAUGUGAAGGAGAUGAUGGCUAUCAAGAAAUAUUUAGCUACUCAAAGCAUCACCUUGAUUCAACCGCCCUGGAUUGGAGGGAUGGAGGUCGAUUUACCUCAUUUGUACCAAACGGUCCAAAACUUGGGUGGACUGAAAGAAGUUAUCGAGAAAAAGAAAUGGCAGAAGGUGGCAGACGGUAUGAAGAUACCAAAAUCUGCGCAAGAUCGUGUCACUAAACUGGAUGAUAUUUAUUGUAAAUAUUUACUGCCGUAUGAUACGUUAUCCCCAGAGGAACGCAAGAAACUGUUCGACGAGGUUGAAGCUGAGUGGAUGAAAAAGGAGAGCAAAGCUUUGCAAAAGCAAGAGGCACUGUCCAAUGAUAAUGAUGAGGAGGAGGAAGAAGACAGUUCUGAUGAAAUUGAAGAAUGCAUCGUAAAAGGAAGAAACAUGCCAUUGAACGCUUUUUACCGAAUCGCUCGCAAUACGCAACGUAUGUGGUUCGGCGAGAACCAUCGGGGAAACGAAGCGGAAGGUGCUUUCGCCGAAGAGGUGGAGAGUGCGUUUUGGAAACACGUUGCCGAAAAAAAACGCCACGUUUGCGUGCAUGCAGCGAGCAUCGAUUCGAGCGGUCGUGGAUUCGGCUUUUCCGUUGCCAAGAACAGCCCGUUCGCUAGACAUCCGUGGAAUCUCAAAGUACUUACUAACAAUGCUGGAUCAGUACUCCGAGCUUUGGGACCAUUAAUGGGCGUGACUGUACCAACAUUGCACGUAGGUAUGUUAUUUAGUGCUUGCUGCUGGUAUCGCGAUCCGCAUGGUCUACCGUGGAUAGAAUAUUUACAUACAGGCGCGAAAAAGAUUUGGUACGGCAUACCUGACGAGUAUAACAACAAUUUUCGGGAAGCGCUCUCGAAAAUGGUGCCGCGAUAUUGCAAAAAUAAGACCAUAUGGUUACCUUCUGACACUGCCAUGGUCCCACCAGAAUUGUUAGUGAACAACGGUGUUCCAUUAUGCCAAACCGUGCAAGAGCCAGGACAGUUCAUAAUCGUAUUUCCAAAAGCGUUCACCUCGAGUAUAUGCACCGGUUAUGUAGUGUCCGAGAGCGUGUACUUCGCGCAGCCAUCCUGGUUAGAAACUGCUGAGCAAGUAUUUAAGGAUAUACAAGACAGUUGUGAACCUUCCAUCUUUUCAUUUGAAAGAUUGUUAUUUAAUAUUAUUAAUGACACGAGAUUUCAUAUAGAUAUAUUGAAACAGAUACUGCCGAGUGUGAUAAAGAUUCGCGAAAAGGAAUUAGAUUAUCGCAAACAACUGGAAAAUGUUGGUCUUACGAAUAGAGAAAGAUUGCCUUUACCCGACAGUGGAAAAGGAAAGAAAGGAAAAAGAGUGAAAGAGGAUGAUGGUGAUUUUGAAUGCGAAACAUGUAGAGCCAACUUAUUCGUCUCACUGGUGAACAAUUCGCAAGAUGACAGCGUCUAUUGUUUGCCGCACGCACUGCAGCUAUUCAAUCGUAAAAAACAGGUUCUGAAACAUUGCACUCUAAUGUACACAUAUGAUGAAGAUGAAUUAGACGAAUUGAUUCACAAACUGGAACACAGGAUCGAAGCCAAAUCUAAAAAAACUAAUCAAAUAAAACAAAGUAAAUAAGAAAGAUAAGUCUGUUAUUUUAUUUAUGAAGGAUAAACGUGAUUGUUAUUUAUUAAUCAACAUUAGAAUAAUUAUUGUGAUUAGGGAACAUGAAUUGUGUCUUGCUUAUAGAAGUAAAAUUUGUAAAAUUUCGGUUUAUCUAGCGCAUAGUGGAAUAACUUGAACGAUAAAAAAAUGGAAGUUUUACGUUAUUUUAUCGAUUUAGUACAAUAUCUUAAUUAAUAAAAAUAUUUCAAU